CGUCACUAAAGCUGCAACGUCGGCGAAGAACUCUGCUGUGAUUGGUUGAACAGGAGCCGAUGACGUUGUAGCCAAUGACAACGAAGCGGAGUGUCUGCACGAGCGUGUAAAGAUGCCGUGAGAAGUGUAACGGAAUGCGCUCGCGGGGCUUCAAACGGCAGGCAGAACAAUGGAGAGGCGCCUUGGAGAAAAGUUGGUCAUGCUGCUGAUUCUCCAUGUAGCAGUGGUGAAGACGUGCCACCCAGGAUGCCACUGUGAGGUAGAGAGUUUUGGAUUGUUCAACAGUUUCAGCCUGACCAAGGUGGUCUGCAGUGGACUGGGCCCAAACCUGGUGCCCGUCGCCAUUCCUUUAGACACCUCCUCCCUGGACCUUUCCUCUAAUGGCAUCCAUUCCAUUGAGGACUCUGUGCUCUCUGGGCCUGGGUACACUACCCUCUCCAGCCUGGAUUUGAGCAACAACCUCAUCUCUGUGGUGAACGGCAGCAUGUUCUCCAAGCUGCGCUAUCUGGAGACGCUGGAUUUGAGCCAGAACUCUGUGGGAGUCCUCAUAGAUGGCUGUUUCUCAGAUCUGCCCCUCGCUGACGUGGAUCUGAGCUACAACCAGAUUUGUGAAGUAAAUCUGGACGUGUUCUCCAUCAGGAACCACGGACGGCCUCUCAACGUGGAUCUGUCUAAUAACUUGUUAACAGCCAUUACAAGCAAUCCACAUUCCCAACAUCCCAACAUACAGAGUCUUAAUUUAGCAGGAAACCAGCUCAGUUCAGUACCAGAGCUCCAGGUGGUCUCACUCAGGUCCUUGAACUUGAGUAAGAACCCCAUCUCUGUCAUUGGUAAACAGAGUUUUGCUGGUCUGGAGGAUCUGGUUCACCUGUUUCUGUCUGAGAUGCCAAAGUUACACAAAAUCGAAGCUCAGAGUUUCCAGAAUCUUCAGAACCUCCAAGUGCUCGACCUGUCGCACAACAGCAGACUGAAAUCUCUGAGUGCAGGUGUUUUCAGUGGCCUUAAACUCCUGCAGGAGCUCAAUUUAUCCAAAUCUGGAAUUGCGACUCUACCAAACAAUAUAUUACAGCUCCUCCCCAGCAUUAAGAGCAUUGCCUUGAGGGAUGAAGUCAACUGUUGGAGGGUCCACAAGCACGAGACAUUUCAUAGACAUGUCGGACAGAGCAACACUGUGGAAGUGAUGACCUGUGAUGUGACUGGCGUUGUUUUGUGAUCUUGACUAAUCUGAAAACUAAAUUAAAUGUAAUUAUUUUGUAUAGUGAGUGCCCGUUCUGGGGUGUAACUUGUGUGCCUUUCUUUACAAACUGUCACUUUAUCAGCGUUUGAGCUUUGGCUAACUGUGAGACAGUGCUAUGGUGUAGUGUGCUGUCUUUAUAGCUGUGCAGCGUUUAGUUUUAAACACAACUGUUAUGUUGGGGGUGGGCUGAUGAGGAAUUCUACAUUCACACACUUUCUAUAAAACUUACUGGUUGAGAUUUAAACAGAGUUAAAGUCAGAAUUUUGUGAUGUGUGGGUUAUUAUAGUAGUUUAUUCUACAGAAUCAUGGAUUGAAUGACUCUAAUGAGUCUCAGACUAUCUCCAGAAGUGGUUUUGUGUAAUUGGAUUUGUUUCUGUUUUAAUGCAUCUUCAAAGCAUUCAAGAGUCUAGCUUUAAUCCUGGUACUUAAACCAAAUAAAGUGACCACGCGUAAACAGGUCCAUUUCCGUUUCCGUUUACCCCCACUGUGAACAAGUCUGACUUGAUCUAAAUGACUUUGUUUACAUCUUAAUAGUGUAAGUAUUUUGCUUCUUUUUUGGAACAUUAAUCUUGUUUAAGUAUGAUCUAUGUUUUUUUUAUGCACCAAACCAUUCUGAAUCUGUGUUCCUGUAAAUGUUUUACAGGAACCAUAUUUAAACAUAUUACAGGACACAAGUUAAGCCUAGUCUUGGUGUAGUCUGAACCGAAUUCUAGAGUGAACAAGCCAAGUUUAUAUAUCAUUAAGUGAAUGUCGUUGGCCAACAGCAAAUUUACUAUGCAAUCAUACUAGUAUUUUAAUAUACAUGUAUAUAAAUAUAUAUUUUCCAGAUGUAAAUAGUUUGAGUGUUUCAAUAAACCAGACUAAAGCUCGGCUGCAGGCAGAAUCGAGCUGUAUGAUGACUUGUAGUACAUUUUGUUAUCAGUGUUUGUACCAAUAUUUUUGCCUCUGUUUUACUGACAUACAAUACUAACAUAUAAAGAAACUUUUAUACUGUAGAGGGUUCCACUCUCUAAAUAAAGAAACACAUUCUCACAGUUCAUGAUCUACUGUAUGUAAUAAUGUUUUGACAUGCCAAAGAAAUACUGUAUUCUGCAAUACUGGAAAUAAAAUCUGUGAAUAGCAGUGA